AUGGGCUCCAUCUCACUCCCAGAUCUCUCCCACCUUUCCCCUUCCGUCCUGCCCACCCCUCACGAUCCCCCCUCCACCGCAAAGAUCGUCUCAGCCCUCUCCCUCCGCCGUCACUACGAAGGCGGCUUCUACGCAGAGACAGACCGCGCCCCGACCUCGAUCCCCUCCCCGUUCCCAGCAACGCCCGCCUCAGCCUCGGACGAGGCAGCACCAUCGACCAACGACCCAGACUGCCCUCCACCGACGACCGAGCAGCAGAGGCGCGCCCUCUCGUCCGCGAUAUUUUACUACCUCACCCCGUCCUCGCCCAUAGGCCACUUCCACCGCAACCGUUCGCGCAUAACGCACUCCCUGCACCGCGGCCGCGGCCGCUACGUCGUUCUCCGCCCGGACGGCGUGAUCGAGAGUUUUGUCGUGGGUGGUAAUGUCGCUGCGGGCGAGAGGUUGCAGUGGACUGUCGAGGGAGGCGAUUACAAGGCCAGCUUCGUAUUGCCAGACGAGGCUGAGGGCGCGUCGUCGUCGUCGUCGUCGUCGUCGUCGAGUGAGGGAUUGCUGAUUACCGAGGUUGCCGUGCCGGGGUGGGAGCCUUGUGAUCAGAACUUUUUGACGCGGAAGAAGCUGGUUGAGUUGGGGCUGGAGUGGCUGAUCAAGAAAGAGUAA